AUGCAGUCUGGAAUCACAGUGCGAUCAAGUCACAAACGAGAUCACAGUCGGACACCGUCCUUACUCUCUCAACCCUGUCUAAAUCCAAUUGACGCCGCUUCUGGCUUUGCAACCCCUAUAAUUACAGAACUAGCCCAUGGAUCUUUCACUCCGACGUCUCCUGCUUUACCGUGUUUGAUGACACUGGCAACAUUGAAUACCCCAGGUUCCAUCUUCAUGCGCAUUUCUCAUUCCCGGCGACGUCAAAAUUCCAUAUCCGAGUGGCCAGAAAUUCACUCGCAAAGUGGUGCUUCUGAAACUUCCAGUAUUCCUCCCUCACCGACAUCCUUGUCUAGAUCAUCUCGUGCCCCUUCUAUACCGAGGAUUACUCGUACCUCUUCCUAUGACACACAUUCUUCCGUAUCCUCAUCUCCCUCUCUAUUGGAUGAAACCUUCCUUCCUGCCCGUCUUAAAACCACAGAGAUGAAUCCUAUCUUUUCCGAAUUGGAACGAAGGUCCAAACUUUGCACUUCGGUCGUAGGUUGUGCGACAUGUGGAAAGUAUGGCUCGGAUUACCCUAGGUGUGGCAAGUGCGGCGAGAUGUGGUGCUCGAGACCAUGUCGACUACGGGGCGGGAGGAAACAUCUUUGCACGUCGAGAAGCUGA